AUGUCAUCUCCACGGAAGCGGCACCGGAAGCCCACCACCCAACAGCCACAACCGGCUCCCAACGUUGCCAAGCGGAUACACGUCUCUCUGGAAGAGGACAAGCCCAUCGGGCUGGAGCUGGACUUUAGCGCUGAGGCGACAACAGGAGUACGCGUGUCUCAUGUCAACGCUGGCGGCGCCGCGGAGAGCGAGGGGGUGGAACAAGAAGAUCGGCUCAUUCACGUUUCGGGGCAAGAUGUUCGCGAGAUGGGGCUCGUGGAGACGAGGGAGAUGCUCCUGAGGCGUGCCAAGACCACCCUGCUCGUGUUUGAGCGGCCGUUGCCGCCGUCGCCGCCGCCGUCGCCCCCACGCCCGCGAAAAAACAUGGGCACCAAGAAUGCCCGCCGUGAAAAAAAUCGUCGACAAAAACGUCCCGCGGGCGGCGGCGGCGGCGACGGCGGCGGCGGUGGCAACGGUGUUUUUUCAUCUGGCGCGCAGCCAAACGUGAGCCCGGUGGUGGCGGCAGCAGCAGCAGAAGCAGGGACUACAUGGCAGCGCAGAAGCACGGCUCCCGCUGCCGCACAGCGCCGGCGCGGAUACCAGCAGCACCGCCUGUACAAUAGCGGCGGCGGCGACGGCGGAAGCGGCAGCGGCGAGGAAGCUCCUUCUACCGCCGAGGCGGCGGCGGCCCUGGCGGCGCUGGCGGGUAGGGGCAGCUUUGGGGCGAAGGCGGCACAGCGUGCGGCGCAAAAGCGACGUCGACGAAAGGCCGCGACGGCUACGGCGGCCGUGACGCCGACAGCGGUCGACACCGACCCGAAGAAGGCGGUGGGCGAGGCGGCGACGGCGGCAGAGAUAGAGACAAUUCGUCGGCAGCUUGAGGAGGAGGAGGACCACGAGCGAGAGAUGGAGGGGCACCGCCGACAGCGGGCGCAACAACAGCCCCCGCCGCCGCAGCAGAUGCGACAGCGACGGUUAGCCGCCGAAGAAGCGCGAAAUGGGGUGGGGGUUAGAGCACCAGGAGGAACGGGAGCAGAGGAUCGGUCCGAGACUGAAGAGGUGGAAGCGCAAGCAGCCCGCGGGGCUGCUGCCGCAGUCGACACGCCCCCCACCACAGCGGCGGCGGCGGCGACUGCGUCGCCGCCCCCGCCGUCCCAGCGACACGGCAAGCGAGAAGGCUCUCGAAAGCCCGGAAGUCGGAGUCGCCCCGGAGAAGAAGAGACAAUGGCGAAGACGGCGGCACGGCCACAACCUCGACGACCAGAGGACAGCGGAGAGGGGGAACGAAACGGUAGUGGCAUGACCACGAUCCUCGCGUCGCCGCGGUCGGAGAUGCCGAGGGCGGCGGCAGCUGCGCCUGCUUGGCUCGGUGUGUUAGUCGGGCUGGGAAUGCCGGAGUUUGCCGGGACGGGAGCGGCACGGGCGUCAGUCGUCGUGAGAGAGGCGAGGGACAUGGAAGCCAAGGAGCUGGCCGUCCUCCAGCGGCUUCAGAAGCUCAAGCCGGAGGUGACCCUCGACGACUACACCGCAUUCCGCGGCGCCGGCCUUCGCUCGUCCUCACCGGCCUACGCUAGCUUGGAGGCGCUGCAGGGGCAGUACCUCAGGCGGCCGCCCGAGGACCACCAGCAGGAGUUGGCCGACCUCGCCAUGAACGGGUCCUUCGUGUCGGAUCUCCUUGCGCAGUUCGUUCGCGGCAUGGACGUGAGGACCCAACAGCAGUCCCGUUCUCCUUCUGUUUUUCUGGCGGGUUCGCCCAACUGCUCUUGA